AUGAGGAAAAAUAAACCAACAUAUAAAAUUAUAGUGAAUAGAGGAAUUUCUUCCUUGAGAAAUAAAAAUGAGUAGGAAGUAACGGAAUAACUUCCAGUCAUUAAGCCCAAAUCUAUAGCGAGAGGCUUUGUGAAGAAUUUCGAGAUCAAAAAGGUAAGAGUAAAAGUGGCCAUCACAGAAGAAAAGUUAGAAAUAAACCUAAAACAGGUCAAAUUGCAUCCAAUUUAAAAAGAGGAAUCUCCCCCAUUAAGUGAAACAAGAUAAUCACAGUCUUCAAUUUAUCAGAAAACUAAAGAAGAUAAUAAUAGAUCGGUAUCACCUAUCAAAAAAGAAACAUCAAAGCAUUAGAAAUAUGAAGUAAUUGAAAAUUUAGAGGAUAAUUUAGAUACAUAUAUUAAGAUUUAUUAUUCAAUAACCAAAUUGAUGGAUGCAAUGAGGAAGGUAAUUUUAUUUAAUUUUUUAAUAGUCAAGAAUGUGAGUGAUUUCGUAGAUCAAAUCAACAGAUUUUAGGAAAUAAUUGAUGGAGUGCACUUUUAAGCAUUAGAGAAUCUUUUGAUUGAAAAUAGCAAGAAAUUUAGAUAAAUUUUAAUAUUGAUAAAAUUAGGAGUAAGAAAUAAUAAAAUUAUAAUUAUUAGAUAAUUCUAAUAGUGAAUGGUUUUUUUGAUUAACAAGUCUACUCAACCAAUAAUGUGAAUUUUAGAAACUUGCUCAUCUAUAAUCUAUAAAACUAUUUUUUUUUAGGUUAGUUCAUACUCUAGAAAACUUAAAAACAAGAAUUGGCAACAAUAAUUACAUAAAACUAAAAGCAUUUCAACAAUAACAAAAUAGAAUCAAGUAUUCAAAUAAGACAAAAUGUUGAAUUACUAUAAGGAUUAUAUAAGUCAUUAAGUAAGUAAUCCAAAGAUCUUUAUUAAUUUCUAAAUUCGUUUUUUAGAUUGAUUCCUAAUUUAAGGAUAGUAGAAAGUAAUAUAAUGUUAUAAAACUUUACAUCCUUGUACAUUACUGUAUAAUAAGGUUAUUACGGAUUAUUGGGCAUUCCAUUGAUAAGCGUAGCUCAUAAACCUUACCUCCCUAAUGAAGCCACCCAUAAAUUUACUCUUAUUUUAGACAUGGAUGAAACAUUGAUUCAUUUUGUAGAUUAAACAAAAAGCUUUUUAGUAAGACCAUAUACAGAGUAGUUUCUGUAAGAAAUGAGUAAAUAUUAUGAGAUUGGAGUAUUUACUGCUGGAUUACCAGAUUAUGCAAAUUGGGUUCUUGACUAAGUUGCCUUUAAUAAAUACAUCUAAUUUAGAUUAUAUCGAUAACAUGCUAUGUAAUAUCAAUAACACUUUGUAAAAGACCUGUCAAGACUGGGUAGAAACCUGGCUAAAUGCAUAAUAAUAGAUAACAUAGCGGCUAACUAUCAACAUUAAGAAGAAAAUGGGAUUUAAAUUAAGACUUGGUACAACUAUCCUGAUGAUAAAGAAUUGGUUAAAUUAGGAGCAUUUUUAAGAAAAAUAGCAGAAGAUAAUUGUGAAGAUGUAAGGGAUGCUCUUCAAAUGUAUAACAAAGCUUCUGUAUAGUGA